UACGAAUUAAAUGUUAAAAGAAAACUCUUUCGCGACGCUCCACCUUCCCCCCUCCUCCCAAACCUGAUUGGCCGCCGCCGCCACCAACGCCCACGCUCCUGCCGUCGAUUUCGACAAUUGCGUCCAUGGAAGAUUUCGGCGGAGGGGAAGCAUUUGCUUCUGGGACGAAGGUAAAGAAACACAAGGGAAAGCAUGACAAGCCCAAGCCGUGGGAUGAGGACCCCAACAUCGAUCACUGGAAGGUUGAGAAGUUCGACCCUUCCUGGAACGAGUCUGGCAUGCUCGAAGUCAGUUCGUUCUCCACGCUUUUCCCUCAGUACCUUGAGAAGUACUUGCAAGAAGCAUGGCCUAAGGUGAAAAGUGCAUUGAAAGAAUUUGGAGUCUCAUGUGAACUUAAUCUGGUUGAAGGAUCAAUGACGGUUUCAACAACUCGAAAAACUAGGGACCCCUACAUUAUUAUGAAAGCUAGGGAUUUGAUUAAGCUUCUUUCACGCAGUGUCCCUGCACCUCAGGCAAUCAAAAUUCUGAAUGAUGAGAUGCAAUGUGAUAUUAUUAAGAUUGGAAACCUUAUACGCAACAAGGAACGAUUUGUAAAGCGGAGGGAACGCCUUUUAGGACCCAAUCUAUCUACUCUAAAGGCCAUUGAAAUCUUGACUGAAUGCUAUAUAUUGGUUCAGGGGAGCACAGUUGCAGCCAUGGGUUCAUUUAAGGGUCUAAAACAAGUUCGAAGAAUAGUAGAAGACUGCAUACAUAACCAGAUGCAUCCUGUUUACCAUAUCAAGACCCUUCUCAUGAAACGUGAACUUGCCAAAAAUCCAGCAUUAGCCAAUGAGAACUGGGAUAGGUUCCUUCCAAAAUUUAAAAAGAAGAAUGUUCAAAGGAAAGUAAAGGCUAAGGAGAAGAAACCAUAUACUCCAUUCCCUCCUCCUCAGCCACCAAGCAAGCUUGAUCUUCAAUUAGAAAGUGGUGAGUAUUUCAUGAGUGUCAAGAAGAAAUCAGCAAAGAAGUGGCAAGAAAAGAAGGAAAAGCAGGCAGAAAAAGUAGCUGAAAACAAGCGAAAAAGAGAAGCUGCUUUUGUCCCUCCGAAGGAACCCUCUCAAAUUUCUGAUUCGAACAAAUCUGACAAUGACAAGAAUGAUCUGUUUGCAAUGACAAAGUCCUUGAAGAACAAGGCAAAGGAAUUAAAAAUGCAUGAAGCCCAUGACAAUGUUAGAGCUGAUUCAUUCAUCGCCAAUGCUGAAAGUUCACGUCCCAAAAAGAAGUCCAGGCAUUCCUCAGCGUGACUGACAUCGAUAUCUAUCAUAUUAUCGUUUGAAAGAAUAGGAAAUGCUAUUGAUUAAGGGCACUGCUUUUAAGUUUUUUUUUUUGGAACGGAGAAAUUCAACAUCAGUGAGUGUUAGACAGAAAACCUGAUUUAAAAGAAUUUGUUGUAUGAAUUUUGCUUCUAAUUACACUUAUCUGUAUCGACUUCUUAGGACUUUGUAAUUAAAGUUUUUCAAGUAGAUUCCCUUUGUAUUCUGAAGAUUUUUUUGUCUUCCUGAAGAAAUAAAAACCUAUUUCAGAUUUGGAAGGCUGAGGAGGGAAUAUUAUCUCA